AUGAACAAAUUUCAGCGGGUCCACGUUGCCAAGGUCCACGCUGCCAAGGUCCUCGCGGUGGAGGAACUCUGCGCUGUGAAGGUCGUCUCUACGAAGGUUCCAAAUGCAAAGAUCCCCGCGGCGAAGGUCUCUUCUACGAAGAUCCUUGCUGCGAAGGUCCCACCUGUGAAGGUCCACGAAGCAAAGCUUUACGCAGUGAAGGACCCCUCUACAAAGAUCCACGCUGCGAAGUCACCUUCUACAAAGGUCCCCGCUGCUAAUGUCCCUUGCUACAAAAAUCCUCGCUACGAAAGUCUCCGCUGCAAAGUUCCCCUUAAAAAGGUCCUCACUGCGAAGGUACCACCUACGGAGGUCCACGCUGCAAGGGUCACCUCUACGAAAGUCCUCGCUACGAAGGUCCCAUCUCUGAAGGUCUCCUCUACGAAGGCCCACGCUGCGAAGGGCCUCGGUGUGAAGAUCCUCGCUGCAAACGUUCUCGCUGCGCAGGUUCUCUCUACGAAGAACCCCGUUGUAAAGGUCCUUGAUCGAAUGUCCUACAUACGAAGGUCUCCUCUACGAAGGUCUCAACUGCGAAGAUCCCCGCUGCGAAGGUUUCCUCUACAAAGGUCCUUGCUGCGAAUGUCUUACCUGCGAAGGCCCAAUCUGCAAAGGUCCUCGCUGCGAAGGUGGACUCUACGAAGGUCCCCGCUACGAAGGUGUCCUCCUACGAAGGUGCUCGGUGCGAAGAUUCUCGCCGCAAAUGUCCUCUCUACGAAGGACCCGUUACAAAGGUCCAUGCUCGAAUGUCCUCGCUGCGAAGGUCCUCGCUGCGAAGGUUCCUUCUACGAAGGGCCCAACUGUGAACGUCCUCGCUGCAAGGUCACCUCAGCGAAGCUCCUUGCUACGAAUGUCCCAUCUUCGAAGGUCUCUGCUACGAAGGUCCCAGCUGCAAAAGUCCUCGCUGCGAAGUUCCCCGCUGCGAAGGUCCUCUUUACGAAGGACGCCGCUGCAAAGAUCCUUGAAAUAUGUAAAUUUUUUCUUUCAUUCAUUCAUUCUUUCUUUCUCUUUCUUUCUCUCUCUCUCUCUCUCUCUCUCUCUCUUUCUCUCUCUGUCUUUCUUUCUUUCUUUGUAUAUGUCUAA